UGUGGGUCCAGACUUCAUAUGGUUUCAGUUUUGGCAGCAUCCAGUGCCCUGCUGGCAGCCUCCGGGUGAGGCACAGAUAACACCUUCGGAGUUCAGGGAGCUGGAAUGGUAACGGGGCAGUGCCCCUGAAGGUGAAAACAGAGAAGAAAAGAGCCAAGUGUUCUCAGAUCAGAAGUGAAAUCUCGGUAGCAGCUGCAAUGGCUUUCUUCCUUGCCUGCCUGCUUGCUGUCCUCCCUGUGGUUUCUAUGAAGAGUCCCAUAUUUGGCCCCAAGGAGGUGGUGGGCGUGCAAGGCGAGUCUGUCUCCAUCCAGUGCUUCUACCCCCCCACCUCAGUCAAUCGGCAUUCCCGCAAAUACUUCUGUGUUCAGACUCUAAGGGGCUUCUGUGAUACCAUAGUCUCCUCAAAUGGUUUCGUCUCCGAGAGAUUUAGUGGGAGAGCCAACCUCAUCAAUUUCCCAGGGAAUGGCUCCUUUUUAAUACAGAUUUCACAGCUGAAGAAAGAAGACACUGGGCUCUACAAGUGUGGUGUGGGCAUAAGUAGUCGGGGUCUGUCCUUUGACAUCACCUUGGAGGUGGGCCAGGGUUCCGAUCUCUCUAACGACACUGAGGUCAUCAUCACUGAAGUGGGUGAAACAGUAUCCAUCAACUGCCCUUUCCAGGAACAGAAUGCACAGAACAGGAAAUUCUUAUGCAAGCAGGAUGGAGAGAGCUGUGCACUGGUCAUUGAUUCUAAUGAAAAAGUGGGCCCUGACUAUACAGGAAGAGUCCGCUUAGAGAUCACUGCCACCAGCAGUAAUUUCUUUGUGGUUACCAUCAGCCAGAUCAACAGGGAAGAUGUAGGGUUGUAUAUCUGUGGGGUCGGGGAGGACGAUGCCUCUGAAAUUGAGAAGACUGUUGACUUAAAGUUGCUGGAGGCUGAACCUGAACUGGUCUAUGCUGAACAAGGGGGGUCAGUGACCUUGAACUGUGCCCUGGGAAGCACAGUGGCAAGUGUGCCUAAGUUUCUGUGCCAGAUUAGGGCAAACAAGACUUGUGACUUGGUCAUCAACAGCCUGGGAUUUACAAAUAAUGCCACUCAUGGAAGGAUCCUGUUUACCCCUGCAACUGAGCCUGGAUCUUUCAGCAUCACAAUCAUGCAAGUGAGGAGAAAGGAUGCAGGUCUAUACUACUGUGGUGCCCAGGAAAAUGGUCAGCCGUCUGAAGAAGGGCCAAUUCGAGCUCUACAGCUCUUUGUCUCUGAAGAGACCACUGUCCCCAAGAGUCCUUUGGUGGUAAAAGGUGCACCUGGUGGCUCUGUGUCAGUAACCUGCCACUACGACCCCAAAAAGAACAACACUCUGAAGUACUGGUGCAAGUGGAAGGACAGCAACCACUGUGCUAAGCUGGUAGACAAUUUGGGAACGGUGAAUGAGUCCUAUGAGGGAAGAGUGGCCUUGUUGGACCAACCAGAGAAUGGCAUCUUCAUUGUUAUACUCAACCAGCUGACCCCUCAAGAUGCAGGCUACUACUGGUGUCUCAGCAGUGGGGAGCACAACAGGAAGUCUACUGUGAAGAUUGAUAUCAUCGAUGGUCAAUCACGCUUAAUAGCGCCAGAAACUGCCACAGCCCAGCUGGGGCAGUCUCUCACCAUCCCCUGCCACUUUGACUGCAAGUUUUCUUCCUAUGAGAAAUACUGGUGCAAAUGGAGCAACCAGGGAUGUGAGACCCUGCCCACCCAGGAGGAGGGUAACAGCCAAGCCUUUGUGGACUGCGAUCAAAACAGCAGGAUUGUUUCUGUCACCCUGAACUCUGUCACAAGAGCCGAUGAAGGGUGGUAUUGGUGUGGUGUGAAGCAGGGCCAGAACUAUGGGCCGACAAUUGCAGUUAGUGUGUCUGUGGAGGAAGAGGGCUUCAGCAAUGAUGUCCAGCCAACCAAUGUUGUGUUAAAUGAAGAUGCUGUGCAGCCUGAAGUCAGAGGCAAAAAUAUUGAAGUGCCUACAGAUUCGGGAAGCACUGAGGAACACAACGGAGGCUCCAACGUUCUGGUCUCCACCCUAGUGCCUGUGGCGCUAGUGUUAGCCGUGGGUGCAGUGGCAUUAGGAGUGAUCAAAUCCCGACGCUGGAGGUACAGUGAUCGAAUUUCAGUUGGAAGCUACAGAACUGACCUCAGCAUGUCAGAAUUAGAGCAUAACCCCAGGCAGUUUGGAGCCAAUGACAACUUGGACAUUUCUAUUCAGGAGUCUACUCUAGGAGGAGAAAAUGAAUGCAUCACUCCGACUGAGAACCCUGAGGAGAUCCAAGAACCUAAGCAAGUCAAAAGGUCUUCCAAGGAAGAGGCAGAUAUGGCCUACACCGCCUUCCUGCUGCAGUCUAACAACAUGGCCAAUGAAAUUGCCUUGGAUGGCCCCAGUAAUGCUUAACCAGUGGAUCUCUCCAUCUGCAUCCUGUCUCCCACCACCCUCUGGUUCAAUCACUUGCAUGACCUCCAGGAUCACCCUUUUUCAGACUCUCUCAGCAACCCAGCACUUCCCCUGCUCCAUGUGAUCUGCACAUCUGUCCUCCUCACCGUCCCCUAACAUUGUCUGCUCGCUACCCAGGGUUUGUGGCUUGGUGACUCCAGCCUGGGCCUAAUUUUCCCUCCUCACCUUUUUCUCUGAGAAGGUAGAUGAUCCAACAGUUCAUCAGCCAGCUUAAUUUCUAUUGAUUUUCCCACCUCCUUACCCUCACCGAGGCAGUGUAGCGAAGGGGGGAAAUGAAGAACUUGAAGGAAGCGUUCUGCUUUUAGAGGGACGGGGAAUUAAAUCAUUUCUCUAGACCUCCAUUCCAAAGAAGUCAGUGGGAACUAAGAUCACACCACAUUCCACACUCCACUGAUUAAAGGGCCUUUUCCCUCCCUUAUGUGGAAACUUCAAUCUAUUCCCUAGAAGGAGGUUGCUUGUCACAUGUCAAACCCUUAUACCUUACUUUCUGUUGCGAUUCAGAGAAAUCUUGAAUGUCAGAAUUAGAAAGGACCUUAGGGAUAGUGCAGUCCACCCACCCCAUUUUACAGAAAAGGAAACUGAGGUACAGUGAGGGUAAUUUCUUCCCUAAGGGACACGAAGCUGAGCUAGGACUAGAAGCUCUGGCUCAUUCCACUCUAUCAUGGCUGGAAAGGAGAGGGUGAGGAGAGGGAGGCAGAUUUGCCACCUUAGACAGACCAAAAGAGACAGGAAGAAAAGAGGCACUGGAUGUGCUAUGGAGCCUUCCAGCAGCAUCCUUUCUCUCCUGGAUAUGGGACGAAGGGCAGACUAAUCACACAUCACUCUCCAAAUUAACAAGGUGGGAAAGGGGUAAUGAUUAGGGUAGGGAAGAGGAUGAUUUUCAAUAAAUGAUUUUUCCUUUGAGUUCUGUUA